AUGUCGUUCCUCUUUUCUCGACUCCCGCGGGAGAUCAAGGUUCAGAUCCUGCGCUAUGUGGUCCCGCCAAUCACUAGCCCGGCAGACGUUCUAGAUGACCAAAUCAUCUCGCGAGCCACGGCCAUCGCAACAGAGAACCUCAUCUAUGUCUCAAAAGAGGUCAAGGGGCUUAUGGACAUAGUUCACCCAAUCACGGCCAUUAACCUCCGUGAUGAGACAAUCGAAUUUGCCAUGGAUACAAAGCGGGAUACCCUGGUGGUAUUCUGGAUGGCUCUUCCAAUGACGACCUCCAACAACUCAUGGAUCAAGUCCAUGAAGGAGGCCAAUUAUGAGAUUGACGACAACGCCCUUCCCAUUCGUCGACUGAUCGCCCAUAGUACAUGGCCGAUGCAGGACCCAUCAAUGGACCCGGGCGGUUUCAUUUCCCGAAGCAUUCACGCACAAACCGAUGCAAACGUCCGCCGAUGGUUGGAUGUUCCAUUUGAGACUGAACUCCCUAUGUUCUCUCGCUUUCCUCUCCUGGAGGAGGCUACAGUGUCGGUAGAACAGAUGAGCCGGUCGUGGCAUAUUUCCGGUUUCCAGAUGGAAGGUCCGGAUGUUGUCGCCCCUCGCGACAAUGGUGAGUCGUGGGGCCUCAACCGCGUUGGGCUUCACGAUCGCGAGGCGGCUCGAUACUUCCAGGCAAGAGGCAUCGAAGCCGACAGUGGACUCCCUUGGGACUUGCCGUACACCAAUUUCUCUACAAACCAUGGCUGUCUCAUAUCCCAGCCCGAAGACAUAGCCCCGCAUGUCAAUCAGCAUGACAUAUCCAUGCUACCACAGGAUAGGCCAUAUAUCGGCUUACAUGGCUACAGCCGUGGUACUCGCUCCCUGGGCGGCAAAUGGGCCGGGUUCCGCUACUAUCCUCAGACUCAGAAGGUUGAGUUCACACCACUUGCCUGGCACGAGGUCGAGCCAAUCAUUCAUCGUCUGGGGUAUAAUAAUUUCGUGGUUGGUCGACCACUUCCUGGGGGAACUGAUCCCCAGUUCAUCGGCAAAGUUUGGAUUAUCCGGGAGGGAGUAGAGCCCCAGAACGAGCCACAUCACUGCUGGUUGGAGGUAAAGGAGCCUGAAGAUGGUGAUGAGCCGUGGGUGACGGAGCUCGCCGCCACCUAG